UCCAAAUCUAGAGCCUCGACACCGCCGAUCGCGUCCCGCGCAGGCCCUCCCCAUUGGACGACUAUCGCGACCGGCCUUCAAGCUCGGCGGCUGAGCGGCUGGAAUCCCUCCAAGAGCUGAUGGAGCAUCCAAGUCUAUCACCACCAACCCGGACCCAGGGGUGGUAAGCAAUGGCUCCCGUCCGUCCCCCUCCCCUGCGACGACUCCAUGUUCGCCAGCAGGCUACCGCUUAAACGACUGUUUGAUCGUGUCACUAACCCCCCUCUCACUUCACUUGCCAGCCCUACGCCGGCCGGCGGCGGCUAUGGGACGGAUGGCGUCCAUGGUUUUGUUUUGGAUCGUCGAGCCCAUCGAAUACAAGUGCUGACAAUGCCCCCCUCCGUCUCCGGCCCCUGAUGCGUGUGCUGCAGCCUGCCACACCUCCUCUGUUCAUUGUGCAUAUACACCACGUCGGCUGCGCUGCCAAGACAUUUUCCUCAUUUCCUGGUUUCUUGACCAGUCUCCCACAUCCUCGCAAGGAUUCUGGGUGUCGGGCAUUCUCAAUUUAAAGCCUCUUCCUCCCCUCCCCCUUCCUGCGUGCGCCCCCCGCGUGAGCUUGGCUUUGGCUUUUCACUCGCGCCGCGAUGGCUUCCCUGCAUCCUCACGACCACUUCUACUCCAACGGCAACAGCGGUUACAGCAGUCACUCCACAUCACCCGAGGCCGAGAAGAUGCUCAAGGACCCGAACGGCGGGCCUGGCCCCGAGUCCCACGCCAUCCCCGACGGCUUGGAGGUGAACACGGGCGCUGCCUACAGCACGGCGCCGCAGUCGUACCAGCCCGCCGCCCCGGCGCCUCAGCCGUACUACGAUCAGCAUCAACAUCCGGAUCAGCAUCACCACGCCCAUGCGGCCCCCCAGACGAAUUACACCGAAACCGCUUACGACAACAGUGUCACGCAUCACCACCCGUCGACGCCAAAAAAGAUGCACCCGGACGACGGCACGAUAUGUGGUCUGCGUAAAACAACGUUUUGGCUUCUCGUCCUAUCCAGUUUGCUGUUCUGCGCUCUCAUUGGGGUCGCGGGAGGACUGGGCGCAAUGCUCGCAAGCAAAAAUAGCGAGAUCGCAAGUCUUCAGUCGCCCGCCGCCGCCUCGACGAGCACGUCCGCAUCCCCGACGGCCACGGCGUCCGCCGCCUUUGACCUCAGCCAGCCCGCCGAGACGGGCACGCCUAUCGCGCUCAACAAGUGCCCCGGCAGCGGUUCGGAGCUGACGUACGAGGUGCCCGGCACAAACCUCACCUUCAGCAAGGACUGCGGCACCGACUACCUGUUCAACGACAUUGCGCAGGUGCCGGCGCGCAACUUCGAGGAGUGCGUGCGGUACUGCGCCGCCUUCAACUUGCAGCAACAGUCGCGCAAGGGGCCCUGCAAGGGCGUCGUCUACAUCUUCAAGGGCGAGCAGGGCGAGGACGGCAACUGGUGCUGGAUGAAGUACAACAAGAACACCGCCCAGUCGGGCGCCAAGGACUACACCGAGUCGGCCUGGGUCUUGUGAACGGACUCAAGGCGUGGCGGUCUAUGGGAGGUGGGAAGGAGAGGAAAAAUUUCGAGGGCUUGUGUGCAUGGAUGCAUUGGAAUGGAAAGCGAAUACCCCUUUGAUCUAAUCGAUGUAGAGAGAGAAAUGUCUCGUGCCUGGAGGAAUCAAACGAUGGUAAUGAUAAUAACCGUG